CGGAGAAUGUCCAAGGCCGGCGGCCGGACCAGCCAUGGCGUCCGGAGCUCGGGGACCAGCUCAGGGGUCCUGAUGGUGGGACCCAACUUCCGGGUCGGGAAGAAGAUAGGCUGUGGCAACUUCGGGGAGCUCCGGCUAGGAUCUUCCUUCUGCUCAUAGCCCCUCGGGAGGUGAGACUGCUGACGUUGGUGAGGCCCUCGGAGCCCCAAGCACCUGAACUCCUCCAGCUGUCUGCGCACCCGGCUUCAGACACAUGUGGGCAUGAGUACACGGGCUCCCUUCAGCUCACGCUGGCUUUCAGGGACUUCGGCUCUCCCUCAACCCACGCUUGCCUUCAAGGACUUCGGCUCUUCCUCAACUCACGCUGGCCUUCAAGGACUCCGGCUCUCCCACAACUCCCACGGGCAGUCAGAACGUCAGAGUUUCUUCAACAAGACACAAUAAAGUUAUCAGUUACCGUAAAGGAUCAGUUAGAAUCAUCAGAGUUUAAAACAUCUUUUAUGAGGGGCGCCUGGGUGGCUCAGUUGGUUGAGUGUCCGACUCUUGGUUUCGGCUCAGGUCGUGACCUCAUGGGUCGUGGGAUCGAGCCCCACGUGGGGCUCUAUGCUCCGCGGGGAGUCUGCUGGAGAUUCUCUCCGGCCCCUUCCCCCACUCACACGCACGCGCGCGCGCUCUCUUUCUCUCUAUGAAAUAAAUAAACCUUAUAAAAAACCACCCAUGUAUUUAUGAGAAAACCUUGUUAGGAGCGUGGACAGGCAAGCCACAGAUGGGCAGUGCUCAGAGAGCACCAUGUGACAAAGCCCUGGUGUUUGCGCCCGUGGAAGGACAGCUCAGUAAUAAAAAGACACUCCAAUUAAAAACGGGCACGAGAGGGGCGGGCGGCCGGCUCCAUCGGAGGACCGUGUGACUCUUGAUCUCGGGGCUGAGAGUUUGAGCCCCACGUCAGCUGUAGAGAUGACUUUAAAAAAACAGUAAAAACAGGCAAGAGAUGUGAAGAGAGACUUCACAAAAGCAGACCGAUGAAUCGCCAGGGAGCUCAGAAGGCACACCGCCUCAUCGGCCACGAGGGAGGGCAGCCACGUGAGUCCCACUCCAUGUUUGCAGCACGAGGGGCACACUUGGCGGAGCGGGCCCGCGGGCCGGUAGGAAGUCCGCAUCCUAACACCUCCGCGUAGCGCGUAAGGACCCCGGGCCGGCGGCGGGCCUGCUGCAGCGCGGACAAACCUCCGGUGCGCAGCGCCGUGUGGAAAGAGCCGGGAAGGAGGGGCCCGGGCCGGAUUCUGUGCCGGACGGUGCCCCUCGGUGGAUGCGUCUCGGGCCGUGAAGGUGGGGCCGGGCCCGACUCUGUGCUGGCGACGUGCUCAUCGCAUGGGGCGCUUCACGUGUGCGCACUUCACGGGGAAGAAUCUCUAUACAAAUGAAUACGUAGCUAUUAAACUGGAGCCCAUCAAGUCCCGGGCGCCUCAACUGCACCUGGAGUACCGUUUCUACAAGCAGCUCAGCGCCGCAGAGGGCAUCCCUCAGGUCUACUACUUCGGCCCGUGUGGGAAGUACAAUGCCAUGGUGCUGGAGCUGCUGGGGCCUAGCCUGGAGGACCUGUUUGACCUGUGUGACCGCACGUUCACGCUCAAGACGGUGCUCAUGAUCGCCAUCCAGCUGAUCACGCGCAUGGAGUACGUGCACACCAAGAGUCUCAUCUACCGCGACGUGAAGCCCGAGAACUUCCUGGUGGGGCGGCCGGGCACCAAGCGACAGCAUGCCAUCCACAUCAUCGACUUCGGCCUGGCCAAGGAGUACAUCGACCCCGAGACCAAGAAGCACAUCCCCUACCGGGAGCACAAGAGCCUGACGGGCACAGCGCGCUACAUGAGCAUCAACACGCACCUGGGCAAGGAGCAGAGCCGCCGCGACGACCUGGAGGCGCUGGGCCACAUGUUUAUGUACUUCCUGCGUGGCAGCCUGCCCUGGCAGGGGCUCAAGGCCGACACACUCAAGGAACGCUAUCAGAAGAUCGGGGACACCAAGCGGGCCACGCCCAUUGAGGUGCUCUGCGAGAGCUUCCCAGAGGAGAUGGCCACCUACCUGCGCUACGUGCGGCGCCUGGACUUCUUCGAGAAGCCGGACUACGACUACCUGCGCAAGCUCUUUACCGACCUCUUCGACCGCAGCGGCUUCGUGUUCGACUAUGAGUACGACUGGGCGGGGAAGCCCCUGCCGACGCCCAUCGGCACGGUCCACUCCGACCUGCCCUCGCAGCCUCAGCCUCGGGACAAAGCCCAGCUACACAGCAAAAACCAGGCGCUGAACUCCACCAACGGGGAGCUGAACGCGGACGACCCCACUGCCGGGCACUCCAAUGCUCCCAUCACGGCGCCCGCGGAGGUGGAGGUGGCCGAUGACACCAAGUGCUGCUGUUUUUUCAAGAGAAGGAAGAGAAAAGCAGUGCAGCGUCACAAGUGAUGCUGGGCCCGGGCGCCCUGGACCCUCCUGCCGCAGCCCCCCCGGCGAGCCUGGCCCCGGCCACGUGGCUCACAGCCAGGACAGACUGCAGGGCCAGCCGCGGCUGCCCGCCCCCCACGCGGGGUCACUUCCUUCACAUGAGACUUUGCGAAAUUUCUACGCCCGUGUCUGGUCCUCCCCUCCAAGAGCAUUAACUAUUUCGAACAAGGAGAAGAGAAACAGUGGCCACCCUGCCCUGCGCCCCUCCCGCCCGCCUGCUGAAGUGAGUAGUCGGCCGCCCGUCCCGUUAGUCUCAUAAAGUCCAGCUUGUCUCCCUCGAUCCAAAGGCCGUUUUCUCGAGGGGGUGCUGUGGGCGUUGCUGCCGGGGCGAGCCUGCCCUAGGCCUCCCUGCACCAUGGGGGAAGACGGGGUGGGGGAGGCCCCCCAAACCAAAACACUGCACCAAAGCCUGGGCCGGCGGGCACAGCCCCACAGGGUUUCCUGCCACACCUGCUCGUGGAGCUGUGUCCAGGGUCCCGGAGCCCCGGGGGCGGCCUCCUGCUUGGCACUCGGGCCGCGGUCUGUGCCCAGGUGUGCGUGGGCUUCUCGUGUCUGUGCUCCACGCCGCCGGCGGGCCAGCAGGAGACAAGCGCCUUAAAGCCCUGUCCCAGCCCUGCAGGCGCGUCCAGGGUCGGGCAGCCCUGGUGGGAGUGUGGUCCUCCUGGGCCCCCCCGGAGGGCCCACGCUGCCUCAGGGUGGAGCAGCCGGGGAAGGCCUGGCAGCGGUGUGUGUGUCUAGGUCUUGCUUUACACGGUGUACAGAAAUGGCACUUCGGUUUCUCUGAUGCUUCCUGGAAGCCAUAGAGUUUAGGGGCUUUUUUAAAAAAAUAAAGGAAAAUGAAAGCA